AUUAUAAUACAACUAAAUGUAGUAGAUAAUCUUAGCUUAAAGUCGCAUCCCAUUAACAUAUUGCCCAGCGUGAUUCAGCCAGACAUAAAACGAGCGGCUAGUAUUGCUUGUGAAGCAUGGAGAGCCAGAGCGACGUCCCGCUCAUCUCCGAGCUGCCGGAGCAGAGGGGAGGAGGCAGGAUCCCCGGACUGGCCAAGGACGUAUGGGUGGAAUCCAAGAAGCUGUGGGUGGUCGCCGGCCCGGCCGCGUUCACGAGGCUGACGUUCUACGGCAUGACCGUGGUCAGCCAGGCCUUUGCCGGCCAUAUCGGUGACCUCGAGCUCGCCGCCUUCUCCAUCGCCGCCACCGUCAUUUCCGGCCUCAGCUUUGGCUUCUUUGUUGGUAUGGCGAGCGCAAUGGAGACGCUCUGCGGCCAAGCCUACGGUGCCAGGCAGUACCACAUGAUGGGCAUCUACCUGCAGCGCUCGUGGCUCGUCCUCCUCGGCGUCGCCGUGCUCCUCACUCCGACGUACAUCUUCAGCGGGCCGCUGCUCGCCGCGCUGGGCCAGCCCGCCGAGCUGUCGCGCCAGGCGGGGUCGGUCGCCCUGUACCUGCUCCCGCUGCACUUCGUCUACGCCAUCAUCCUGCCGCUAAACAAGUUCCUGCAGUGCCAGCGUAAGAACUGGGUCGCCGCGGUGACCACGGCCGCGGUGUUCCCCGUGCACGUCGCGGCGACCUGGUUGCUGGUGCGCCACUUCCGGCUCGGGGUCUUCGGAGCCGCGACUGCGCUCGCCGUGUCCUGGGGGCUCGCCACGGCGGGGCUGCUCUCGUAUGCCUUCGGCGGCGGAUGCCCGGAGACGUGGAGGGGAUUCUCGGCGUCGGCGUUCGUGGACUUGAAGGACUUCGUCAAGUUGUCCGCGGCGUCUGGUGUUAUGCUCUGCUUGGAGAAUUGGUACUACCGGAUAUUGGUUUUCCUGACGGGCUACGUGAAGAACGCCGAACUGGCUGUGGAUGCGCUGUCUAUCUGUAUAAGUUAUGCUGGAUGGGAGAUGAUGAUUCAUUUGGGAUUCUUAGCAGGCACUGGGGUGAGGGUAGCUAAUGAGCUGGGUGCGGCCAACGGACUAGGCGCAAAGUUCGCAACAAUCGUGUCCAUGACGACAUCCUUUCUGAUCAGCCUCUUCAUUAGUUCGUUGGUACUGAUUUUCCACGACAAACUCGCGAUGGUCUUCUCGUCAAGUGAAGCCGUCAUCCGUGCAGUGGACAGCAUUUCCAUCCUGCUAGCCCUCACCAUCCUCCUCAAUGGAAUCCAACCUGUGCUAUCUGGAGUCGCUGUUGGUUCAGGGUGGCAAGCGCUAGUUGCUUAUGUAAACAUUGGGAGCUACUACUUGAUUGGUGUUCCUUUUGGUUUUCUGCUAGGAUGGGGCUUCCACCAUGGGGUCCAAGGAAUUUGGGUUGGAAUGAUCGUUGGCACAAUGGUGCAGACUCUGAUUCUAGCAUGUAUCGUUCUACAAUGUGAUUGGAAUGAUGAGGCACUGAAAGCUAGUAGCAGAAUGCGGAGGUGGAGCAGGCACAAAUGAGAUUCAUCUUUCAUUCGUAUCAGGAAAGAGCGUAUAUAUUAAUGGUGUGUAUGGUUAGACCGUAGUAAAAAAAAAAAAAGCUGCUGUGAGCUGUGAGCUGUGAAAAGCUGCUGUGAAAAAGCUGUUGUGGGAAAAACAGAAGACCAUUUGGUUAGAGCAGCUGUGAACUGUGAAAAACUGUGUGCCGUGGGUGAAAUACCUGUAAUACCUUUGAAGGUUCGUGGGACUAUCUAUAUACCCCUGAUACCCUAA